AUGUUCAACGCACCCCGUCCGACCCAGCGUUUCAGCACAUCGGGCUCCUUCACGGCCAAUAAUUUUGGAAGUGCCAGUUUCACCUCAGAGAAUCCUCUCGCGAACUCGACGUAUGAUGGCUUAGACCCAUGGAGUUCGGCUCCCUCUCCAGAUUUACCUCCCCCUCCGACCGUAGCACCUACUUCCCCCGUUGCUUCCGUAAUUGCGGAUGCGACUGCACCUCCAUUGUAUCACAAGGCAUUCAGAGCUGUGAACCCAUCUGGUUCAGGAGAAACAUCCAUCAACUCACUCUCACGCGUUCUUCUUACUUCGGGUGUCUCUGCAUCGAUAAUCCAGAGGAUCGUGAACCUCGUUAGCUCGCGCCCGAGGGUGUCGAAGCUUGAGUUCUUCGUCGCUCUUGCGCUCGUAGCCUUGGCACAAUCAGGCGAAGAUCUGUCCAUUGAGCAAGUCGCAUCGCUGGCUGCACAAGAUGCACUCCCUACACCGUCGCUUGACCUCGACGCGAUCGCCCCGACACAAUCUUCGUUCUCUUCUACUCCAUAUCAGAGCGACACCAUUGUAGCUCCAACUCCAGCACGCGCCAUGGCAAAUCCUUCUUAUUCGUCAGAUGAUCCCUGGCAACGUGGAUCUGAAGUCAACGGUGCGAAUGCCAGCUUGACAAAUGGUGCCCCGUCAAGCGUGAGUGGGACUGGUCUACCCAGAGACUGGUGGAGACGGCAGGAGCGCAUCCAGGUACAACUCAUAGGAAUGCAAGGAUUUGUCUUGAACAGAUAUAUGCUUUAUGCAGUAGCAUCCGACCGAGGAACACCAGUAUCGCGUAGAUACUCGGAAUUCGUGUUCCUUUGGGACCGUCUCGUCCGCCGAUAUCCAUUUCGCAUUUUGUCUCAGUUGCCUCCCAAACGGAUUGGACCUGAUGAAUCUUUCAUUGAACAGAGAAGGAGGGGACUACAGCGGUUCUUGAAUUUCGUCGUCAAUCAUCCGAUAAUCAAAGAAGAUGGUCUUCUGGCAGUAUUCUUGACCGAGCCUUCGCUUGAACAAUGGCGCAAGCACAACACCAUUUCUUUGGAAGAGGAAUCAGCUAGCAAGCGAAUUGACAAGGUUGAAGAGAUGUCAAUACCCAGUGAUCUCGAGGACAAACUCAAAAUUGUUCGCAAUAAAUUACCCCUAGUCAUUGAACAAUGGCAGAAGAUUUGCAUAUUGGCGGAACGUAUCGUCAAGCGACGCGAAGCGGCAGCGGUACGGAACCCUCAUGCACUUUUCAAGCGCUCGUUCUUAUCGUCCGUUCUCACUCCCUCUGUUGGUUCUCUGUCAUCCGCUGCGUCAAUUACAUCGUCCCCUCCUACGUCGCCUAUCUCAAUGGCGUCUUCCGUCCUGCCUGUUCUUCCAUCUACGUCCGUUUUUGGUUCUCUGGCUGCUGCACCGCUCGUUGGCUCUGCUCGUCCGGAUGGCUUGGCUGAUGGCGGUUUUUAUACAUCUUACUGGGAGGACUCGCAGGCGGAUCUAUCGCGUUUGAAUAUUACGUUGAAUGCGCUUAACGAAGUGAAUGCACAUUGCUGGCAUGGAGAUGUGUGCGAACUCUGCUCUGGCGUGCGUUCGGGAUUGGAGCAGGUGUCCAGUCAUAUAGCUAAGCAGUCGGAUGAGCUGGACCAGAGGGCUCGAGCUAUGUCAGUGUCAACACUCGACGUAUUGAAGAGUCAACGCGAUCUUUAUAUUGCAAUGCGUGACCUUUUCUUACGCCAUGACCGUCUAUCGGGUGACAAUGUCGAAAGACUGAAGAAGCGCAUUGAGGUAACGCAGUCUAAGCUCGAAGGUGCCCGUAUUGCGAAGAAAGACGGUUGGGAGCAAGAAGUGGAGCGUUUGACGAGCUUGGUCGAGCGAGACCAGGUAACGAUCGUUUCGCUACUUAACAGACGGAUUUUCAUUCGGUAUUCGAUGUGGCAUGAACUCCGUGUAGUCCUGCACAACCGCGAAAAUACACUAAUUACGCAAGCCGUACGAGACUUCGCGCGCGAGGAAAGCGCCUUUUCCGAAGUCGUCAAUAACAACUGGAAUUCCCUAGUUGACGCAGUUGAGAACAUGCCUUACGAAUAAGAGUCUCUACUCUCUUCAACAAGUCCUUUUCGCAUUCUUGUUUCAUGCUUUCACGUUAUACCACUCACUCCCUUUCAGGCGAUGCACCCUUCAUAUUGGCUACACACGUCGUUAUUUUUGUCUUGCUCAGCACUUUUCCCUUCAUAUGCUACCUCUUGCAAUGUCUUCAGUGUCCCUCGUAAUGCUAUGUUUAUUU